AUGGUCAAUAUUACGGACAAGAUCAAGGAGAUUGAGGAUGAGAUGAAGAGGACACAAAAAAACAAGGCCACAGAAUAUCACUUGGGUCUAUUAAAAGGCAAACUCGCUCGCCUCCGCGCACAACUCCUCGAGCCCGGCCCCGGCAGCGGUGGCGGAACCGGCUCGGGCUUUGAUGUCAGCAAGUCGGGCGACGCGCGCAUCGCCCUCGUCGGCUUCCCAUCGGUCGGCAAGUCGACGUUUCUGUCCAAGGUGACAAAGACCAAGUCCGAGGCCGCGUCGUACUCGUUUACGACGCUGACGGCCAUUCCCGGCGUGCUCGAGUAUGGCGGCGCCGAGAUUCAGCUGCUCGAUCUGCCCGGCAUCAUCGAGGGCGCCUCCGAGGGCAAGGGCCGCGGCCGGCAAGUCAUUUCGGCCGCCAAGACGAGCGACCUCAUCCUCAUGGUGCUGGACGCGACCAAGCGCGCUGAGCAGCGUGCGCUCCUCGAGGCGGAGCUUGAAGCCGUCGGCAUCCGGCUGAACCGGUCUCCUCCCAAUAUCUACCUCAAGGUAAAAAAAGCAGGCGGCAUGAAAAUCACAUUUCAGUCACCCCCCAAGAAGCUCGACGAAAAGAUGCUGUACAAUAUUCUCCGCGACUACAAGAUUCUCAACUGCGAGGUGCUCGUCCGCGACGACGAGGCCACCGUCGACGACUUCAUCGACGUCAUCAUGAAGGACCACCGGAAAUACAUCAACUGCCUGUACGUGUACAACAAGAUUGACAGCGUCUCGCUCGACUUUCUGGACUCGCUGGCGCGCGAGCCAAACACGGUCGUCAUGAGCUGCGAGCUGGACCUCGGCGUGCAGGACGUCGUCGAUCGCUGCUGGAAGGAGCUGCGCCUGAUUCGCCUUUACACCAAGCGCAAGGGUAUCGAACCCAACUUUAGCGAGGCCUUGAUCGUGCGCAGCAACAGCUCCAUUGAGGACGUGUGCGACCGCAUUCACAGAAACAUGAAGGAUACCUUCAAGUAUGCCCUCGUAUGGGGCGCGAGCGCGCGGCACAUUCCGCAGCGCGUGGGCUUGGGCCACAUGGUCAGCGACGAGGACGUUGUGUAUAUUGUCAGCGGGUGGAAAGCAUAG